AUGGCUAGCGCUUUACGGAACGUUGUUGUUGUCGGCGGCUCGUACGUCGGGCUGGCGGUGACAAAAGAGCUGGUAGCGUCUCUGCCAGCAACACACAGGUUGCUUCUGGUCGAGCCUCACAGCCAUUUCCACCACCUGUUCGCCUUUCCGCGCUUCGCCCUCCUCCCCAACCACGAACACAAAGCCUUCAUCCCCUACUCCGCCGCUUUUGCCGGCUCCCCCGAAGCCAGCGCCGCGCACCACGCAGUAAUCAAGGCGAAAGCCGUCAGCCUCCGCCCAGACCACCUGGUGCUCGACCGGCCAUGGCAAGGAUCCACCGAGAUCCCCUUUGACUACCUAGUCGUCGCGACGGGCACGAAGCUCCAGGCGCCCGGGACGAUGCAGGACGACGAGAAGCCCCUGUCCGUCAAGUACUUCCAGGCGUACCAGGGCCGCGUGGCUGCUGCCAGGUCCGUUAUCCUCGUCGGCGGCGGCGCCGUGGGCGUGCAGAUGGCCACGGACCUCAAGGAGCUGUACCCGGACAAGGAGGUCACGCUGGUCCACUCGCGCAACAAGCUCAUGCCGCUAUACCAUGAGGCGCUGGACGGGCUGAUCAAGAGCCGCUUCGAGGAGCUUGGCGUCAAGGCUGUCCUAGGCACCCGCGUCGCCAUGCCGCCAAACGGCUUCCCCGUCGACGCGACCUCCAUCACCCUACAGGACGGCCGCGUCCUGACUGCAGACCUGAUCAUCCCGGCCGUCGGCCAGACGCCCAACAACCAGUUUGUCACCGCGGGGUUGCUCGACCCCUCCACCCCAGAGGAGUCCCUGAUCAACCCACAAAACGGGUUCAUCCGGGUCCGCCCGACGCUGCAGUUCAAGGACGAGAAGUACCCGAACCUGUUCGCCGUGGGGGACAUUGCGGAUACGGGCGCGCACAAGGCGGCGCGGCCCGGGUCGGCGCAGGCCGCGGUCGUGGCGAAGAACGUGCUGGCCAUGAUUGAGGGCCGGGAGCCGCGCGACGAGAUUGUCGUUGAUCCGGCGAGUAUACAUCUGACGCUGGGCUUGACAAAGAAUGUCAUCUUCAGGAAUCCGUAUCCCGACCAGACAGAAUACGUCAUGAAGCCAAAGGACGACGGCAAGCAAGACAUGGGCAUCAACGGCGUUUGGGAGAGGAGAGGCGUCAGGGUUCUGUCGGACGCGGAUUAUCACUUGUAG